GACUGGUUAGGGCAGCCCGCCCACCGAGAAGCUCCUAAUUCGGGUGUCUGAGGAUUUCGUCAGUUGCGUGCUGACAUGACCCAACUGUAUCCAGGGUGAAGCAGCCAAUUGCUGCAACGCGGCAUCCCAAUUGUUCAACACGGGCUGAUGAUGUGUUGGGAGUUUCCAAUCAGAGGGGGUCGAUAGCAACCUCUCGGAAGGGAACAGACGGAAGAAACUGUGUGUCGUGAUAUUGGUGGAUGGCUAAUUAUAUUUGUACCGAAUUUCACGUCUCUGUCAGGAGGUCUAAAACAUGGAACCAGUGGAGAAAUGGAACAAAGACUUGCUCGUUCUCAAGCUUCUGAACAACAAGUUGAACUCAAAGGGAAAUGGGACCAAAGGAAUGAUAGCUAAGAACCUCCUACAAAUAUUGAAGAUCCGUGACUGUUUACCGCUCUCCACUCCUCAUUCAGAUUGUGGUGCAGGUUCAUGCCCAGAUUUGGGAAUGAGUAGAAGCGAGAGACCAGGUUACAAACACAUAACCAUGACCUCCACCCCCAAGCUCCCGGUCCGGUCACACCGACCCCUCUGUCUAUCGGUCUCCUCGGACGGAAACGGGCGAUACGCAGCUUUGGAAUCUCAGGAUUUUAAAAGCAGCCUGAAAUCCCAGAUGGACAAGGCUACUGGAGCCUCUAGCAGCACGGGAUCUUUGGAGAGAGCUUCGCUCUUUUGUGCUUCUGGGUCAACCUCAACGACAUCAAAUUUAACGGGUUCCAACGAAGCCCUGGCCAAGACCAAGUCUUCCAGCAGAUUCUCUCGGUUCUCAGCGCCUUGGAACAGCAGCUCGGAGUCUGACUCCAACCCGCCCUCGAGGACCGGCUCCAAGAGACUCAAGAACCACAGCCGCAAGACGGCGAACAAAACGGACAGUCCAAAGGACAGCAAGCGCGGCAUCCCCGAGCAGCUACAGUACUCUGAGCCCGUCAUCGCCAAGGUGACGGAGUACAUUUACGUGGGGAAUGUGAACGCCGCCUACAGUGGACGCGUCCUGUGCAGAAACAACAUCGAUAGCAUCAUCGACAUGAGCAACCUACCCGAGGAGUCCAACAUGUCCCUCAUCCCAUGCACCUGCACAAAGAACGUAAAGCACAGCUGGUCUCGACUCAAGGUCAACAUCAGAGACUUCUCCAACGAUGACGUGUUCCCUCUGAAGGAACAUUGCUUCGAGGACAUUAACGGCUGCAUCAGCGCAUCAGCAGAGAAACAGAAGCGAGUCCUGGUUCACUGCCGGGAUGGGUACUCCUUGGCGCCGACUUGUAUCAUACAGUUCCUCAUGUUGAAACAAAACAUGCAUCUCUUGACAGCGUACGAAUUUGUGAGAUCCAAGUAUCCUCUCAACAUCAAGGAACACCAUCAGAAUCUCUUGGUGACGCUGGAAAAGUCUCUCAGACCAGGCAAAACGGACCCCGAGUGUUUUAAACAAGCUCUGUCUCGAAAGAUAGCUUGGACUUAAUCCCAAAUGCUUGUAUCUUCACAGCCUGGUCCAAAUAAAUGCCUUAAAGUUUCCCCUCACAGAGUCAAUUAAUCAAAAGUUAGAAACUGGAAACAAUUGCCUGCAACUUUGCUUGGCUUGAAUAUUUUGUUUCGGGUACAAAACUUGGACAUAUGUGUCCCUUCCUGGGGCAUUUACAUACACUUUUAUAAAUUGUCCCUUCGUUUCUUUCUGCAUUGAAUUGUUCCCUUAAUUUAUUUGUUUAAUUUUCCAAAUGGAAUAAAUAAAAGAGUGAUGAAUUAUUGGAUUGAACACAUUUUGAUGCAAUGAAUGAUUAUUCCGAGCCCCACUGACAAGUUUGUCUAUCAUAAAAACAAUGACGAUAGUUUAGUUUAGUUUAUUGUUGUCACGUGCACCGAGAUACAGUGAAAAGAUUUUUUUGCUGGGUGCUAUUCAGUCAGCAGAAAGACUACAUUAUUACAAUCAAGCUGUCCAAAGUAUACAGAUACAGCGUGGAAAUAGGCCCUUUGGCCCACCGUGUCCGCGAUGACCAGCGAUCCCCGUACAUUACACACACUAGUGUGAAAAAAUAACAUUUGUACCAAGCCAAUUAACCUACAAACCUGUACGUCUUUGGAGUGUGGAGGAAACCAAAGAACUCGGAGAAAACCCACGCAGAUCAUGGGGAGAACGUACAAACUUCGUACACGCAACACCCGUAGUCAGGAUUGAACCCGAGUCUCUGGUUACGUAAGGCAGCAACUCGACCGCUGCGCCAAUGUGUUAGAUAAAGUUCAGUAAAGUCCAAUUCAAGAUAGUCUGAGGGUCUCCAAUGAGGUAGAUUGUAGCUCAGGACCACUCUCUGGUUAGUGAUAGGAUGGUUCAGUUGCCUGAUAAUAGCUGGGAAGAAACUCUGUGAAUCUGGUGGUUUGUGUUUUGUGACCAGGUGUGGCCUCGAGGAUUGGUGCUGGUCCCAUUACUGUUUGUGGUUUAUAUCACCAAUUUGGAUGAGAAUGUAGAUGGCAUGAUUAGUGAGUUUGCGGAUGACAUGGAAGUGGAUGGUAUCGCAGAUAGCGAAUAUGGUUACCAAAAAUUACAGCAGGAUCUUGAUCAGUUGGGGAGAAGGCAGGCACGGGUUAUUGAUUGGGGACGAUCAGCCAUGAUCACAAUGAAUAGCGGUGCAGGCUCGAAGGGCCGAAUGGUCUCCUCCUGCACCUAUUUUCUAUGUUUCUAGUUACGCAAAUGGAAUGAGCUACCACGGGUGGUGGUGGAGACAGCUACAAUAGUGGUGUUGAAGACGAUUUGGGAUAGGCACAUGGUUAUGCAGGGAAUGGAUGGAUAUUGAACAAGUACAGGCAGGUAAGAGUUGAUCUUGGCAUCAUGUUCAUCGCAGACAUUGUGGAUCGAAGGACCUGAUCCUGUCUAUGCCAAACAUGAUGCCAAGAUAAUCUCAUCUGUUUAUGCGUGAUCCACAUCCCUCCAUUCCAUGUGUCUAUCUACAAUCUUCUUAAACGCCAUUACUAUCUAUCUGCCUCCACCUCCACCUCCAUCCCUGAUGUCGUCUGGCCCAAUGGAGGAAGUAUAUUUUGCUCAUAUAGCUCAGAGGAGCAUAAGUGGAAAGGGCUGUCAUUACUGGUGAACCUAACAAUACUAUUGGCACAGCGCCAGAGAUCCAGGGUUGAUCCUGACUACAGGUGCUGUCUGUAUAGAGUUUGUAUGUUCUCCCUGUAACCGUGUGUGUAUUCACUGGUUUUCUCCCACAACUCCAAAGAGGUACAGGUGUGUAGGCUUAAGGGCUUCUGUAAAUUGUUUAUAUUGUGUAGGACUGAACUAGUGUAGGAGGAGAUUGCAGGUCAGCGUGGACUUGGUGUGCUGAAGGGUCUGUUUCCACGUUCUAUCUCUAAAAACAAAAGUCACAACUCACCAAUUUUAGUGCAGUUCUGGUCAUCCUAAAUCAGGAAGGAUAAGGAGACUAUGGAGAGGGUUGGGAGGAGGUUUACCAGAAUGAUGCCUGGAUUAGAAGGUACUAGCUACAGGGGAAAAGCUGGUCUGACUUGGAUUGAAGAUCAGACUUCUGAUAGCAUAUAAAAUUAUGAGAAACAUAGAUAUUCAACACCAAAUGGCAUAGCUUUAAUGUGAGAGGAGCAAAGUUUAGAGGAGAUGUGCGCGGCAAGUUUAUUACACAGUGUAGUAGGUGCCUGGAAUGAGCUGCCAGAGGUGGUGGUGGAGGCAAGUACAAUACAGUAGAGGUGUUUAGGAGGCGUUUAGAUAGGUGUGGAUAUUCAGGGAAUGGAGGGAUAUGGAUCAUGUGCAGACAGCUAUGAGUCGGGCAUCAGGAUUGGCAUGGACAUUGUAGGCCGCAGGACCUCUUCCUGUGCUCUAUUGUUCGAUGUGUAGGAAGGAACUGCAGAUGCUGGUUUACACUGAGGAUAGAUACAAAAUGCUGGAGUAACUCAGCGGGACUGGCAGCAUCUCUGGAGAGACAGAAUGGGUGACGUUUCGGGUUGAGACCCUUGUUCAGACUGUUGUUCUAAGUUCUAAUUUUGUUGUUGUUUCUCCUGGGUAGUGGGCGCUGCUCAAUGGCAGCCUCUAGUGGUGAUUACUGGUUACAACGGUCCACGUAUUUUUCUUUGUUCCAAUCCAGGAACAGGAGAAGCUUGUAGGCUUUCUUGAGUGUUUCGGUGAGUAUAUCGGCUCCUCUUGGCCCCACUGAAUGAAACGCCCCAUGGAGCAAUAACUUCCAACAACCAGGAGGCACGGUGGCACAGUGGUAGAGCUAAUGCUUUGCAGUGCCAAAGACCUGGGUUCGAUCCUGACUAUGGGUACUUGCGUAUAGGGACUUUAUACGUUCCACCUUUGAUCUGCAUGAAUUUUCUCGGAGAUCUUCGGUUUCCUCCCCCACUCCACAGAUGUACAGGUUUGUAGGUUAAUUGGCUUGGUAUAAAUAUAUAAAUUGUCCCUACUGUGUGUAGAGUAGUGUUAAAGUGCGGGGAUCGCUGGGCGGUGCGGAUUCGCUGGUCUGAAGGGCCUGUUUCCUCGCUGUAUCUCUGAACUAAACUUUUCACCACCAGAUUCCCAUCCCCUGGUAUUCUUAAUUAGCCCAAAUAUCUAAUCCUCUAAGGACCAGAAGCACAGGGAACCGCAGAUGUUGGAGUCAAGCAAAACACAAAGUGCUGGAGGAACUCAGCGGGUCAGGCAGCAUCUGCCGAAUGAAUGGAUAAACAAUGUUUAAGGUUGGACGUCUGAAGGCUGACGAGUUUCACCCUGGUCACUCCCUCUCCCCUCUCCCACCAGGCAAGAGGUACAGAAGUGUGAAAACGCACACCUCCAGAUUCAGAGACAGUUUCUUCCCAGCUGUUAUCAGGCAACUGAACCAUCCUCUCACCAACUAGAGAGCAGUCCUGACCUACUAUCUACCACAUUGGAAGCCCUCGGGCUAUCUUUAAUCGGACCUAAUUGGACUUUAUCUUGCACUAAACAUUAUUCUUUUUAUCCUGUAUCUACACUGUGGACGGCUCAAUUGUAAUCAUGUAUAGUCUUUCCGCUAACUGGUUAGCAUGCAACAAAAAGCUUUUCACUGUACCUUGGUACACAUGACAAUAAACGAUAUUAAACUAAGAAGGGUCCAUACUGAAAUGUUGCCUAUCCAACACGCUCCCCAGAUGCUGCCUGACCGUGGAAUUCCCCAGUUGGCCAGUGUGGGCCGAUUAAAAUCAAGAGCUAUUAUGCUUGCUGGUUUCUACAGCUCUUGCCUCUUUUGUAAGCUCCCAACCCCACUCCAGACCCCUUCACACUUGGUGUAAAUGUUCUUGCAACAAGAACUAGGACAUGCAAAUGCUGAUUUGCUGAGAAAAGACACAAAGUGCUGGAGUAACUCAG